UAAAAGAAAAAAAUUAAAAAGAUUCUUGCAGGAUGUUAUGAAAUAUUAAAAACUGGUUUCGAAGAACUUUCAACUUGUUUUUUGAUUUGUCGAUAAGAUAGAAGAACAUUAACAAGAAUGUCGAUUUUCAUUUUGAAAAUAUUUUCUAUCAUUUUGCUGUGUUCGUCAGUUAUCUCCGACGAUUUCCCGUAUCCCAAAGAUGCUCCCACUAAAAUCGACGAUUGCAGGGAUGUCAUUUUUAAUUGCGAUUGCGGAAGUCCAGGUUAUAAAUUUCAAGCCGUAUUUAAACAAUGCCAUUUCUGGAAUCCCCCCGAAGCGGCUUGUGCUCGAUUUUCUAACUGCUUAGAAUGCGAAGAUGGAGUUGACAGAUGCGUAGCUUGUCCUCGAGGAAAAUAUGGAAGAUGGUGCAAUGGAAGAUGCAAUUGUGAAAAUGGAGGUACUUGUAACAAAGAAGACGGAUCGUGUAUUUGUCCAUCCGGAUACCAAGGAGAAAGAUGCGAAAUUAGAAAAGUAAUAACAACGGGAGAAUUAAAUUGCCAUACCAAAGCUAGUACUUUAAUGAAGUAUGGAAAAAAUACUCAGAUAAAUGUUACUUGUCCCAAUGGAUGCAAAGAAGCCAAUGGUGAUGUAUGGGGCACGUCUAUUUAUACCGAAGAGUCUUCCGUCUGUAGAGCUGCUAUUCAUGCCAGAGUUUUGAAUAACAAUGGGGGUAAAGUGACCGUGGUUGAUAAUGGAAUUUAUUCUGAAUUUAUUGGCUCCAAUACAGAAAUUUCUUCUAAGAGCAUUUCUAGAAAAGUGAAAAGUUUUCGCUUUGAAAGUUUCAAAGAAGGAGGACCAGAAAGAAAAAGAGAAAAAUGCCCAGCUAAUUGGAUUCCAAAUGACAGUGGUUGCAUUUUAUUUUCAUCAUCAGUUGGUGCUUGGAAAAUAGUUGAUAACUGUAUAGAGUAAAUGAAUAUUUAUACAUAUUCAUGGAUAUUAUUAUUCCA